AUGCUACAGCUAUGGAGUUUGGUUCCUAACAAAAGAUCAAUCAUUAUUUCAAGAUCACACAAAGGUGAUGUAAUGGGUUUAUUAAACCAACGGCUAUAUGGUUUACCAGUUGUAACUGCAGGAGGCGCAGGAUUCAAAGUUCUACAAGUUUUGUUUGGAAAUUCAUCAGCUUAUAUUCAUACAACCAACAUAAAAAAAUGGGAUAUAUGUGCUGGACAUGCCAUACUAAAAAGUAUAGGAGGGGAUAUGACAUCAUUGGAAAAUGAAGAUAUUACAUACGAAAAGUAUACAAGUAUGAUGCAUGUUGGAGGAAUAUUAGCUACUGCACGUGAUCACUUGUACUAUAUAAAUGCUCUAAAAAAUGGAAGAAGUGAUUGAAAUAUUGAAUAAUAGGUUUGUACAUCUACUUGUUUAGAAUGUAAAACUUACUUUAAGACAAUAAAGUUACAACUUUUUAUAAAAUAUAUCAUAUAAUAUUGUUAAAAUGGAUAAUAUGAAUUAUGUUUAAAAGUACCUUUUUGUAUUAUUUUUAUCUUUAUUUAGAUUAACUGAUGUUAAAUUAUUUUAUGUAGUCAUCCGAAAACCAUAAUAAUWUUCAUUAUUUACCAUUAGUGUUCUACAAAAAACAAAAAUAUUUUCUAAUAAAUAAAUUAAACAGCCAUAUUGAUAUAAUCA